GCAGCGGCCAAUGGGCGAGCGCAGGGCAGGUGCCCGCUAAUUCGCGCCUUGCUGCGCUGCGGCCGAGGCUAGGCUGGGUAGUGCUGGGAGAACAGGGGGCGGGGGUCGGUCGUGGCUGGACUCCGGAGGGAGGGGUCCGUGCUCAGCCCUCAGGCCGCAGAGGCAGCUCACAGCAUCGCACCGAGCCCGCGCCAGUGCCCGCGCCGGCAGCUGCCCGCUUGGCCGCAGAGGCCGGCGCGCCUAGUAGCGCGCCGGAACCCGAGUCAGCGCUCGCUGGCUCGCACGCCCCUUGCCUCUCCGCGCCUGGCUCGCCCGCAGGGGCUGAGCGCGGGCGGGCGCGCGGGGGAGGUGAGGGGUGCUGGUGUGUGUGCAUGUGCCUGGCUGGGUGCACACCCCGCACGGUGGCGGCGCCAGGACGCGGAGCCCUCCCCAGAGCCCGGUUGCCUCUCUCGGCUCUGGCGCCUGCGACCAUGUUCCAGCCCACAGCCAAACGCGGCUUUACCAUCGAGUCUUUGGUGGCCAAGGACGGCGGCACCGGCGGGGACACUGGCGGCGGGGGCGCGGGCUCCCAUCCUCUGGCGGCGGCCGCCUCGGAGGAGCCGCUCCGACCCACGGCGCUAAAUUACCCUCAUCCCGGCGCUGCCGAGGCGGCCUUCGUGAGCGGUUUCCCCGCUGCCGCCGCCGCCGCCGCCGCGGGCGCCGGCCGUUCGCUCUACGGUGGGCCGGAGCUCGUGUUCCCCGAGGCCAUGAACCACCCGGCGUUGACCGUGCACCCCGCGCACCAGCUGGGCGCCUCCCCGCUGCAGCCCCCGCACUCCUUCUUCGGCGCCCAGCACCGGGACCCCCUGCACUUCUACCCCUGGGUCCUGCGGAACCGCUUCUUCGGCCACCGCUUCCAGGCGAGCGACGUGCCCCAGGACGGGCUGCUUCUGCACGGCCCCUUCGCCCGCAAGCCCAAGCGGAUCCGCACGGCCUUCUCGCCCUCGCAGCUGCUGCGACUGGAGCGCGCCUUCGAGAAGAACCACUACGUGGUGGGCGCCGAGCGGAAGCAGCUGGCCGGCAGCCUCAGCCUCUCGGAGACGCAGGUGAAGGUGUGGUUCCAGAACCGGAGGACAAAGUACAAGCGGCAGAAGUUGGAAGAGGAGGGGCCCGAGUCUGAGCAGAAGAAGAAGGGCUCCCACCACAUCAACCGGUGGCGUAUUGCCACCAAGCAGGCCAACGGGGAGGACAUCGAUGUCACCUCCAAUGACUAGGGUGGGCAGCCAUGAACCCAUGAGGGCAGAGUGCUGCUCGCUGCUGUCCAGGCCCCUGGGCUGGGCUCAGCUGGACUCUGGCCACUCCCUGGCUGGGCUGUGGGGUGGCGUCAAGUCACAGCCCCAUAAGGCUUGGAGCCUGGGGCCACCACCGACAGAGGGACAAGAAAUGGGCUGGCUGAGGCCUGGGACUGCUCGACCUUCUCCUCGGAGAAACUGCCUGCCUGCCUGGGCAGGCCGCUGGCCACUGCUGCCUCCGAGCCACUCUCCAUUUCUCUUAUCUUCUUUUUGUUUUGAUGUAUUUCUGUUUUAAUUUAUUUUCCAGGCACCUGCUGUAGUUCUUAGUGAUCCCCUGUGUUUCCCUUCCCUAUGGGAACAAUAAAAGUCUCUCUCUUAAUGA